UCUAGAUUUUGACUUACCGGUAAGUUAUCUUAUACAUGUAAGUAAAAAUCUAGAACGGUACAGAUAAAUUGUCAACAACAAAUUUUCAUUGGACUGAAUAAAGUAUAUAAAGUACAUGUAUGGGAUUGAAGCUAAUUAAUAUAGUACUUCCCGUGUCUUGUGUUCUUUUGAGACAACUCCAUGCCAUGGCUUCAGAUCAGAUGAAAUACAUCCAUUUUGAGAAGGGGUGCGAGCCUGAUGGUCUGUCAGUGCAGACCACGCCUGUGCCAGCCUUGAGGUCCAGGGAGGUGUUGGUGAAAGUGUUUGCCACUGCCAUCAACAGAGCAGACAUUCUACAGAGGCGUGGCAUGUAUCCAGCACCCCCUGGGGAGAGUGACAUACUCGGACUAGAAGCGUCAGGAACUGUGGCAGCUCGCGCUGAUGACUGCACUAGCCAGUGGCACAUUGGUGACAGAGUCAUGGCCCUUCUUGCUGGUGGCGGGUAUGCAGAGUAUGUUGCUGUACCAGAGGAUGUCUUGAUGCCGGUACCCUCCGGUAUGUCGCUGACAACUGCUGCUGGUAUACCAGAGGUGUGGCUGACAGCUUACCAGCUGCUACACCUGGUGGGUGAUCUACAGAAAGGUGACACGGUGCUGAUACAUGCAGGGGGGAGUGGAGUCGGUACGGCUGCUACCCAGCUUUGUGUGUAUGCAGGGUGCCGGCCUAUAGUUACAGCUGGGAGCCAAUCUAAAUUGGACACGGCACUCAGUCUUGGGGCAGUGGCUGCUUUCAAUUACAAGCAGGAAGACUUCAGUGAAAAAGUCUUGGAAUUCACGAAUGGUCGAGGUGUAGAUCUUAUACUGGACUGUAUCGGGGCCUCGUACUACGAGCAGAACAUGAAGUCUAUCAAGACAGAGGGACGCUGGGUGCUGUAUGGGCUCCUAGGUGGCGGAUCCAUCAGUGGUGACGUGCUGAGCCAGAUUCUCAGGAAGAGGGUUCGAAUCACCGGCACCACACUACGUGUCAGGCCUCUGGAGUACAAGAAGACCCUCACCCAGAGGUUUACCCAGGAUGCUCUACCCCUGUUCAAGGCAGACUCUAGUCCCCAGUUGACCCCCAUCAUAGACUCAGUGUUUCCCUUCCACAAGGCUGCUGACGCCCACACAAGCAUGGAAACCAAUCAGAACACAGGGAAAAUAGUUCUGCAGAUUAGACAUGAGGACACUGGGAAAACACUCCAUGAUGAAUUGUAGUUCAAAACAUUUUGUUUGUAUAUUGUAGGAAGUAUAUCAUCUUUUAAGAUGUAUACACACUUAUAACAUCUUUAUGUAUUUGCCAUAUUCUAUAUACAUUUAUGAACAAUUAAUCAGAUCAUUGUUGAAAAACAUAUGCCUGUAAUGUUUUGUUUGUUUGUAUAACCAGAAACUGUACAUAAGGUGAUUGUAAAUGUUACAAAACACAAAUAAAUUAUUCAGAAAUCUA